UCUAGAUAAGUACUCCGUGGUGGAUUUACAAAUAUAAACAAUACGUGCGCAUCUUUCGCAAAUUUCGUCGUGAUCUUCACGAUCAUAGAUCGUACAGUUCCUUUUUUUAUUUGUUAUUUCUUCACAGUUUCUUGAUGACAAAAGAUUGUUUUCUGUAAAACGUAUUUCAAACGUAUACUGAUUUGAAUUUGAUCUUCUCAUGUCUAGAUUUUGCGGUUCUCUGAAUCUUAUCGUAAUAUUUUCAAUUUAUAAGCUUUUAUACAUUAAAACGCACAUGUAAAAUUCAAACGUGUUUCAUACGUGUACGAACCGAGGAAAUUACCUACCCACUUUUGAAUUUUUCGAUGAAGUAAACUUUAGUUCUGACGUAUUACUAUGUCAAGUUUAAAGGAAUCCGGAGCAGAAAUACCAAUAUCACCGGCCGAUCAUGAAUUCGUCGUUCCAAAAAAGUCGGUCAAAGUACCGGCUGAUAUGUCAGUUUGGGAAAAAUCAGAAGCAUAUUUUGAAUACUUGGGAUUUAUAUUAGCCUUAAAUGAGUCUGUUCAAGGAAAAGCUGUGAAUGUUGAAUGCCCUCAAAGUCCUGUGAUAGGUAAUGUAAUUGCAAUGCUUAACGUAUUUGAUAAUUGGAUAACUCAAAUACCUCCAACUGAUCAACCUCAACGCUUUGGCAAUAAGUCAUUUAGAAUUUGGUAUGAAAGGCUCCAGCAGAAUGGGAUGGAUGAAUUGCAUAAAGUAUUACCAAAAGAAUUACAUAGAGCAGUCCCAGAAAUAAUUCAGUAUUUGAAUGAGAGUUUUGGUAAUCCAACACGUAUAGAUUAUGGUACAGGCCAUGAAAUGGCAUUCCUAAUGUUCCUGUGUUGCAUGUUUAAAAUUGGUGCAUUUAGACAAGAUGACAAAGUUGCUGUAGUUGUAAAAAUAUUUAAUCGAUACCUUGAAUUGGUACGUAGAUUACAAAUAACGUACCGAAUGGAACCAGCAGGUAGUCAUGGUGUGUGGAGUUUGGAUGACUAUCAAUUUGUUCCUUUCAUAUGGGGAAGUGCACAAUUGAUUGGACAUCCUCAAUUAGAACCACGUCACUUUGUUAAUCCAGAAAUUGUUGAAGCACAUAGCAAGAAAUACAUGUUUCUUGGUUGCAUUGAAUUCAUUUCAAAGGUCAAAAUUGGUCCCUUUGCUGAACAUUCAAAUCAAUUAUGGAAUGUUAGUGCAGUUUCAUCAUGGGUCAAAGUAAAUAGUGGUCUUAUUAAAAUGUACAAAGCAGAGGUUCUUGCAAAAUUUCCUGUUAUUCAACACGUUUUAUUUGGCUCUCUGCUAUCGAUAAAACCGGCAUCUGCCCAUCCUGUUGAACGAGUAACACGUCAGGAUCAACCUACAAAACUACCAUCACCGCCUCAUAAAUAAUAUCACAAUAUUGCACGAAUAUGCUUUAUACUUGUUGGUAUAGAUUAUGACGCAUAUUCAAUAUUUAUAAUAAAACUGUACAUUACCACCUUA